GAAAAGGAUGUAAUCAUAUCGUAUAAAAGCUUUACCGGGCCUGUUCAAAACCAUCAUUCGCUUGUGAUCGUUCCGACGGCUCAAUCUAAACACCACUGGCUCAGCCCAUUCGACGGUAGCAUUCAACAUGAAGGCGUUCGCUAUAUUGUCCAUGGCUUUGGCCGUUGCUUCCUGUGCGGCAGUUGACGAUUCCUCCAGCAAGAAGGACAAACGUGGUCUGUGGGACUUGGGUUACGGACAGGAAUCGCUUGGAUUCGAUGACCAUCAUGAAGUGAAACACAUAACCACCACCAUCACCAAGAAGGUCCCAGUGCCGUAUCCGGUUGAGGUCGAGAAACAUAUUCCCGUUGAGGUGAAGGUGCCGUACCCGGUCGAAGUUGAAAAGAAGGUUCCAGUCAUUGUGGAAAAGAAUGUUCCCGUGUAUGUGGAGAAGAAGGUCCCAGUCCAUAUCGAUCGCCCCGUUCCAUACCCAGUCGAAGUGAAAGUCCCCGUUAUUCAGAAGGAAUACGUCGAAGUGCCGAAACCCUACGCAGUUCAUGUUGAGAAGCCCGUUCCAGUGGUUGUGCACAAGCCAGUGUACAUCGAAAAGCACGUUCCAGUGACCGUUACCAUCAAGAAGCACACGAAGCACUGGCACUAAACAGAAAAUAAAACACUGAUUUGUUAGGAAAUUUUAGUUAAUUCAAA